CAGCUGCGUAUUGACUAUUACAUUUGUCGCGUCGCUCUGUGUGGAGAAAGAGGGAGAGAGAAGGGGAAAGUGGGCGGAGUCACGGUGGAGAGUGGGCGGGGACGCUCACCGUUCCAUUACACGGGUCCGUUUCUCCCGGUCGUGUUCAGUGCAGCAGCUGCGAGGAUCGGAGGAAACUCUCUCACUCACUAACCCUCCCGUGUCUCGGAUACUUUACGGUCCAACGGACGCGCCGCCCGCCCGGUCUCCAAUCACCCGUUCGGGAGCGGAGAACAGGUCCCGUCUUGAGAUGAUGUUGAGUCUCGGUCUGUUCGUGUCUCUGGUGGGUCUGACGGUGUCCGUUACCGGCAGCAGUGACGGAAACCCGCUGGACAAUGAUAAGUGGAUGAGCACUGUGUCCCAAUACGACAAGAGCAAAUACUGGAACAAAUUCCGCGACGAUGAUUACUUCAGAACCUGGAACCCCAACAAAGCACAAGACCAAGACAGGGAGUCAAACCUACAAUCAGAACUGAAACCUAAAUCACAAUCACAGACCAAGAGCAGAACGGCUGAUGGACUGGACAGCACUAAAGACCCCUGUCUGAAGGUUCACUGCCCUCCUCACAAAGUGUGUGUGAGCCACGACUUCCAGACGGCCAUCUGCACCAAUCACAAACCAGCACCGCACAGCAUUAAACCCAGGAAAGGAAAUCCCACCCAUAAGCAUUGGAUGAGACCUGUGAAACAUGGGAAAUGUAGGCCAUGUCCUGUAGUUCACUCCAGCUGGGUGUGCGGCUCUGACGGACACACAUACUCCUCAAAGUGUAAACUUGAGUUCCAGGCCUGCAGCUCGAGUAAGAGCAUCUCUGUGAAGUGUGAGGGUCCGUGUCCCUGCCUGCCAGGACAGGAAGUCAUCAAACCACACACACAGAAGAACAGCUGCAGCGAUGCUGAUUUGAGAAGUUUAGCGUCCAGACUCAAAGACUGGUUUGGGGUUUUGCACACGGACGCAAACAGAGACCUGAAGAGCAGCACGAGUGACUCUGCACAGGGACGUUUUGACACCAGUAUUUUGCCCAUCUGUAAAGAUUCUCUCGGGUGGAUGUUCAACAAGCUGGACAUGAACUAUGACCUUCUGCUCGACCAGUCAGAGCUCAGCGCCAUUUACCUCGACAAAUACGAGCUGUGUAUGCGGCCGCUGUUCAACUCCUGCGACUCCUUCAAAGACGGAAAGCUGUCUAACAACGAGUGGUGCUACUGUUUCCAGAAACCUGGCGGCAUGCCAUGUCAGAACGAGCUCAACAGGAUUCAUUCACAGAGCCGAAGGAAGACUUUGAUAGGGGCGUACGUGCCGCGCUGCACUGAGGACGGGUAUUUUAAGAGCACUCAGUGUCAUGGCAGCAGCGGUCAGUGCUGGUGUGUGGACAAAUAUGGCAAUGAGAUCGCAGGGUCGCGCAGACAGGGAAACCCUAACUGUGAGGAGGAUCAGGAGACGUCUGGAGAUUUCAGCAGUGGCGGCGGUGCCGUGAUUCUAUUGGACGAUCAAGAGGAGGAGUCUCCACAGCGUGGGCGGGGCCGACAGAAAGAGAGGCGGGCUCGACUCCACCCCCACAGGGCGAUCGAUGACGAUGAAGACGCUGAGGAUGACGAGAUGGGCUACGUCUGGUAGCUCCGCCCACCCAUCUUACGCAAAUUUACCAGGGACCCAUGUUACAAUGCACAGUUCUGAAGCCAUUCCAGCUCCGCCCCCUCAGACACGCCCCCUUCUUCUCAUUCUGGAUCUAAACUUGUCCUUCUCUUUCUGUCUUUCUCUCUUCCUCCAGCCGCCUCUUCAUGUUCGGCCUCUGUUUUCCCUCGUUUAAACACUCCUGGAUCAUUCCUGCAUAUUCUAGACCGGCUCUAGACAGUAGACGUGCAUGACAAAUUUGUUCAGCAUUUCGGGGGCUUCUUACCAGUUCUACAUAGGAUCUUUUAUAAGGGUUCGUUCUCAGUGGUGAUGUGCUUGAACGCCACUGCUGAAUACAGGAGACGAUGUCUUGAGACCUUCGAGGGUGAGGAUUAGGUGGGCUUAAGCCAAACACGCACUACAAGACCGAAGCUCAUCGCGCUUUCAUGAUUUAUAUCUGCCACAAGAGGAUGCAGAACGUGGCGAAUUCGCACAAUUGAUGUUUACUCUGUGUGAGAAAUGUCACAACUAGUCACAGAUGCUAUAGUAAUAGUUAAGAUCUAAAAUCUGUGUAGAGAGCAACAGCGACGAGGUAAUGAGAUUGCAAGAGAGCGCAAAAGAUAAAGGUGAAUUUCUCCCAAAGCACAGGCUCAUGCAUAUUUUCUUUUUCUUUUUCAUGCAUGCAAAACCCAUGCAAAAAUGACCUGAAGCCCUACCUUUAGAGUGAGAACGAGAGAGGUUGUGCAGGAUGAUCUUGUAAUUGAUGCAUGUAGACUGUGAUUAGUUGAGUAUAAUGUGCAGAAAAACAACGCAACACAAGAAAAGAUGUAUAUGUGCACAGAGCGAUGAGCUUUAGUCAGGUUGUGUUGGCUUGACUUCAUACUGCUUUCACGUCAGUUCACAAUUACUGUAAUUAUAAGUGGCAAAACACAUCCAUGUGAUUGUGAACUUCUAGUUGAACUUCACUGAAAACAAAUGCUGUUCUUCCUUUGUGUUUUUCUCUUGUUUUAGAGUACAAACUUUAUUUCAGUUAGUUGCCAAGACAAUUGAGUGUUUUUUUAUUUUAUUUUUUUGGCUAUUCCUAAAAAUAUACCCAAUCGACUUAAAAUUGUCAUUUUUUAUUUAAUAAUUAAUAUUAUAUAAUCGUAUUUAUUUCUAUAUAGCUUUUAAUUUUAGUUUUGGAAAUGUUAGUUCUUCAGCCUUUUAAUUUAUUUCUGUUGUCAAGGCAACAUUUUCUAAUUUUCAUUUACUUUACAUUCAGAAUGACAUAAGACAGUUCGUGAGGUCAGAAAAAAUGAUCUUUAUUUGAAUGAACUUGACUUCAAGAUUAUUUUUCUGACCCUAGUGGUGCUUCAUUUUGCUACAUUUUAACAACAAACAACACUUGAAGUGAGUUUAUGCUUAAACCAAGAACGAAUAUCUGCAAAUGGGGUCAGAAAAAUACAUUUACAAGAUUAUUUAUUCUGACCCCAUUAGCAGAUAUGUGUUCUAGUUUUAAGCAUGAACUUCUAAAGCUUUUCAAAUUUCAGCACAGAUAUCUCAGAAAACAAGACUUGAUAUCUUAUUCCGUUUUGGAUCUGGAGUAAAUGUAUCUUGAGUUAAAAAUGUUUAGACGUUUGUACUGGAAAACAAGACAAAAAAUAAUGAGGAAGAACAGCAUUCUUUUGCAGUGUUGACCAAACAAAUCAAAUGAAGACAGUUUCCUGACUUCUUGUUUGGUAGGAUUUUAUUUUAAUGCAGGUAAUUUCUGAGCCUUUUCUUAGUUUUUCAGUAUUUUACUAAAUAAUCUGAACAUAAAUUCUUAUAUUUACUAUCACGGAUGCCAUAGUGAGAAAUACCCUGUGUGUCCAAGCAUGUGAACUGAAUCUGGUAAUUGCAGGAAUUCUGAGACGAUGUGAGCGCAGCGUUGAGCGUGCCGGCCGUGAGCCUGAUAUUAUUGUUUGUUUGAUGUUUUCGGCUGAUGAGUCCUUCAUUCUGUUUUGUUCUGUUUUUCUUUCACCGACUCGGAGUGUGUAAGUGGAUCUUGACCUUUGCGUCGGCUCUCUAUGUGAGUUUCGUCUUGACAUAAUUCAGAAGCGAUCAAAUGGCUCAUCAGCCUGACCUUUUCAAACCAUUACUGAACGCUUCCUCGCGCCGAAAAACUGAAGGCGAAUAAAAUAGCAUGACGGCUGUCAGCAGAUGUAUUUGCCGUCGUUAGCGCAUCCGUGAGACUCUGGGCCCUGGGGUCAGGUUCGCUUCCAAUCUUCAUCUCAUUUUGCAUUUGAUCAAAAUAGUUUGAUCCGACCCAGUAUGUCAAGCUUGAAAGUUUUAUAAGCACACAUGAGAAUCAUAUGGCUGAAUCAAGGCCUUCUGAUCGUUUUCUGCGUUUGAUUUGCAUACAGUUCUGAAUUUCUCAUGCUUUUGCUGAUCUCACUUGUUCCCCAUUGUGAAGGAACUGGCGAUGCACCGAUCCUCAAACACAAACACUGCUGAAGAGUUAAGUGCUGAUAUCUGAUCACAGCAGCUUAGUUCUGUUCCUCUGACUAUAUUCACACAUUCGUUUCUCAUCUUUUUGGCGCGUCUUUUCUCACUCAUUUAAGUGGUGAGUUCUCUUCAAAAGGAGAUGUUUCACUCAGUGAUCAUAGACACCUGUGCAGAUAGAUUAUAUGAGGCAUGUUGUGCCUAGGGGGAAGUCUCUGGGUGCUCCUGAGGGAUUAUGGGUAACAGAGGAAUGAACUGAUAGGCUUAUGGCUUCCUAACACCUUUUUAUUCUCUGCUUUUUUCAUGUGUUCCUCACUGCAACUUUUCAUUUACAUGUAAAUGGUGAUAUAUCUUGCAGUAGGAGACACAUUAAAUAGAUCAAGAUGAGUAAAUAAUAACACUCAUCCUGGUGUUGUUCCAAAUCCAUGUGAACAGGUUUUUGAAUAAAGUUUUCACUGCUUUUAAACAUUACAGUGAAGGCAGACAAAAAAAAAAAAAAAAAAAAAAGCAUCAUAGAGUCUUGAAAUUUUUUUUUUUUAUUGGCAUCAAUGGUUCCACGAAGAACCUUAAACAUCUAUUCUACAAAAGGUUCUUUAUAGUGGAAAAAGGUUCUUUACACAAAGAUAAAAUGGUUCUCUUAAGAACUUUUCAUUAAAAGGAAUUGCAUUUCUAUGGAAUUUAAGAAAUACAUUUCUAAAAUCUGAUUUGGUAUUUUAUUAAAUAUGUUUAAAAUGUGAAUAUGAUAACAGACACCAUUGGUUUUCAUAUAACUGGAGGGAUCUGAGAACUGCUAAAAAACAAAAUCAUGGCGCUUUGGAACAACGCACGUUUUUUUUUCUUUGGAUACCCUGAAACAGGGCUGCAUGAUUUCAAGAGGAACAAUUAUUAUUAUCAUUAUUUUCAUUAAUAAUUAGGAAAAAUUAAAUACAAAGAUGUACAUUAUUAAAUUAAUUAUUUAAAUGAAUACAUCUUAAAAGCUUUAACUUUGGCAGAAAACCACAGAUAUACACACAGCGUAUUUAUAUCUUUAAUUAAAUCACAGCCUUUUUUUAUUUCAACAAAGCCAUAUUGUGAUUUAGGAUUUAGUUUGAUUAAUCUUGCAGCCCUAUCCUGAAAUAUGAACAUCAAGCUAUAAUAAGUCCAUCUUUCUUUCAUUUUGACUCUCUUUCUCUCUCUCUCUGUCUAUCGAUCACAUUCUCAGAUGAAAUCAGUUGUCAUCUUGAUAAGCUGAGAGCAUCACACACACACACACACACACACACACUCCUACCCCUUAUCUGAUCUCUGCAGAACUGCAUCAUGGACUUCUGCAAUAACCUAAACUCUUUGAGGUGACCUCUCCCCCCUUUAGCGCUGCUGUCUGAUGCCUGGCCUGCAACUGUAAACUUCCCCCGGCCUGUCAUGCCCACUUCCUGUCCCGCCUCUGCCUGCUUCGCUCCUGUACAAAGGUGCAAUAAAAGCUUCAUCACAACGUUUUCACAUAUUUUACCACACACACACAUACACAGGCGAUCUGACCGCUCACACCUGCAGCUACAGAUGAAACAGUCGAUGGCCAUAUUUGCAAGAGUUUCCUUUGUUAAUCCUCUAUAUUUUUUACUCUGUAAAGACAAUAAUUAAUGUGUAAAAAAACAUGCUGAAUGUUCAACUGGAGAUGUAAUUAAUGACGUCAUGUGGCUUUGUCCUUUUGCCUUGCCUGAGUCUGGAUGUGUAAAAACCCUCUUGUGGUCCUGAGUUCAGUGUACAGCCCCUCCUCUCGCGAUCUGUCUGUCUGUCUGUCUCUCUAUCUGUCUGUCUUGCUCUCUUUCCACUGUCACAGUGCCGCUGUUCGCACCAGAUUCAGUGUUCAAUCUGGCCCAGUAUAGGUUUUUAACAGCCAAAACUGAAAACUUGGUGGCUUACCAAAUUUAAUGGUGGAAAAUGAGGUGAAUACAACAUGAUUGAAAUGGAAUAAAACAUCUAAACUCUUAAAAAUAAAGUUUCUUUAUUGGCAUUCCUUGAAGAACCUUUGAAACUAUGUAAUGAAAGUUUGCAUGGAUGAUAAAGGUUUUUCAAAAAAAUAAAAAUAGGGUAUUUUAAGAACUGUUUCCUAGAAGGUUCUUUGAGGAUCCAAAAAUGGUUCUGCAAAAACCCUAUUAAAACCCCUUUGAAAUCUUUAUUUUUAAGAGUGUAUUUAACUCAUUCUGUGUUAAUAAAUCACUAAACCACAAAACGGGGCAGUUUUGAAUUCACCGCCCAAGUAGACAUUGUUAUAGGUCCAUGAUCUCAAAUAUGAAGUUCUGGGUCAGAUCUGAAAAGUGAAGCUGCUGGUUUUGAUUCAGUAACAUCCGACAUGUUUCAGAUUCUCCAGCCGAACGCAGGCACCGAUUCGGUGGUUUCUCUCUCUUCUUGUGUUUUCCCGUCAUUUUCCCUCCUGAUCGAGAGUCCCAGUGGAAUGUUCUUGUUCUGGGCUGAUUUACUUGCUCUCUUUGGUUUGUUUUGUUUCUCUCUCUCUCUAUCUCUCUCUCUCUUCCCUUUUUUAUUUUUAUUUUUAGAUGUAAAAUGGUUCCUUGAGAAACUGUUUGUCUGAAUAAAACUGGAGUUUGUCCUCGUCCAGUU